AUGGCAGACACGGAUGAGGAGAUUGAGUUACAAUCGGCGUCUAUAGCUACAUACUUUGUUCAACAUUAUUAUACAACAUAUAUUGAAAAGACACCUUGUAUGAAUUCUUCUCAAACUGGUCAUAUGUGGUUGAUGGAAAUAUUAAAAGGAAAUGAAAGUAGAUGUUAUAGCAUGUUUAGGAUGGAGAAAGAUGUUUUCAUUAAAUUAUGCGAUGAAUUGGAAGCUAAUUAUGGAUUUAAGGGUUCAGAGAGAAUGUGUGCUCUUGAGAUAUUAGGCAUGUUUUUAUUUACAUUAGGUCACGGUGCUGGAAACCGAUUAACACAAGAGCGAUUCCAACACUCAGGCGAGACAGUUAGUCGAUAUUUCAACAAGGUUUUAGAUGUUUUAUGUCAUAUGAGUGUAGAUGUAUUAAAACCACCAGACCCAAAAUUUAAAGAUGUUCCUGAAGAGAUAUUGAAAGAUUCUAGAUAUAUGCCUCAUUUUAAGAACUGUAUUGGCGCAAUAGACGGUGUACAUGUGAAUGCUGUAAUUCCACCUGAAGAUCAAGUACCAUUUGUUGGUAAAAAAGGGAUACCAACUCAGAAUGUCAUGGCAAUAUGUAAUUUUGAUAUGCAAUUUAUAUAUGCAUAUGCUGGGUGGGAAGGUUCUGCUCAUGAUACAAGAAUUUUCUAUACAGCUUUACGUGAUUCAACUUCAAAUUUUCCAAAACCUCCCCAAGAGGUAUUCAACCAGGCACAUUCUUCUCUUCGAAGUGUUAUUGAAAGAACUUUUGGAGUAUGGAAGAAAAGAUGGAAAAUAUUAAGAGAUAUGCCUAGUUAUCCAUAUCAGAAGCAAGUGAAAAUAGUGAUUGCAUCAAUGACCUUGCAUAAUUACAUUCGAAGGCAUGCAAAAUGUGAUCGACAUUUUGAGAAAAUUAGAGAUAAUCCAUAUUAUUGUGUAGAAGAUCAAACUAAUAUUGAAGAUGAAGAUAAGACAGCUAGAGCUUCAAAUUUAAAUGAAAUGGACAAUACUAGAGAUCUGAUUGCUGCAAGUUUAAUGAGAUAA